AUGUUGCCGUUUCUUAGUACAGCGAUAUGGCUUGCUUUAACAGUCGUCGCAGAGAUUGCACCUGCUCCAUACUUGCGGACACCAUCAUCCCGCCAACUAGCGUGGCAUCAGCUUGAAUACUACGCAUUCAUACACUUCGGACCUAACACCUUCACCAACGAAGAGUGGGGACGCAGUCAAAGCACACCAGACGUAUUCAACCCAACUGCAUUAGACACAGACCAAUGGGCGAAGGGCUUAGCAGAUGCGGGAAUGACAGGCAUGAUUCUGACAGCAAAGCAUCACGAUGGCAUGGCGCUGUGGGAUACAAACACCACGACGUACAAGAUUGGGAACGGGAAGUGGGCUAAAGAUCGCGUCGCAAAUGGACUCAGUGCGGAUGUGGUCCGUUUGGCAGCCGCGUCAGCGCAGAAAUAUGGCAUCAAAUUUGGCAUUUACCUCUCUCCAUGGGAUAUCCAUCGGGAUCCAGCUAUGCCGAAGCCCAACCUAACUGGAACAAUCUACGACGAACCCCAAAUCUUUGGCGACAACACUACAGGCGACUACAAUGAUCUGUAUGCACGCCAAUUGACAGAAGUUGUAAAAUUGAAGUACGACAACGGCUCACAAGUUCCUCUGUUCGAACUCUGGUUGGACGGCGCAAGUGGCUCUGACACAGUGCAGACGUUCGACUGGGCGCGGUUCCGCGACAUCAUCCGCGAGAACCAGCCCGACGCUGUGAUGUGGGGACACCAAGGCGUGGAUGCACGAUGGGUUGGCAAUGAGGAUGGCUACACGGUGUCUACAAACUGGCACACGAUCAGCAGGACACAAGACCAAACGCAUUACGAGGGCGAAGAACUGCAGACCGGAGUUCGCGAUGGACUAUACUGGACUCCUGCAGAAGCCGAUGCGCGGAUCCGCGAUGGCUGGUUCUGGCAUGCCAGCGAGAAACCGAAAUCGCCGGAUGCACUGAUGAAGAUGUACAUGGAGUGCGUGGGACGGAGUGUCAGUCUUCUACUUGACGUGCCACCGGAUACCACUGGGCAGAUUGCCAAAGAGGAUCUAGAAAUGCUACAGCAGUUCAAAAAGCAACGCGAUGCUUUCUUGAACCGUCCGCUGCUCACUCCUGAUCUCAACGUCAGUGCAAGCAGCGUACGCGGAGGCCAAAACAACAUGCAAUUCGGUCCGGCGAACGUGCUUGACGAUAACACUGACACUUACUGGGCAAUGGACGACAAUCAGACUACCGGGUUCUUGGAGAUUCACCUCGACGGAGUGUAUAGUAUUGACGCUAUCAUACUGCAAGAACACAUAGCUUUGGGACAGCGCGUUGGCGGUUACCUGGUCGAUGCGGGUGUGGAUGGAGCGUACAGCAGGAUUAUCAAUGGCACAUCGCUGGGUUAUAAGCGGAUUUGGAAUCUGACGACGAGUGUGGAGGCCAACGACAUACGGUUGCAAAUACUGCAGGCGAACGCAACACCUUUGAUUCAAAGUGUACAGGCACUCGGGUCUAAACAGAAAUGA